AUGUCAAGCAAUAGUCUUCCUCUCAAAAACAAAGUCGCCAUCGUUACAGGAGGCUCCAGAGGUAUCGGAGCAGGAAUUGCUGAGACAUUGGCACGCCGUGGUGCGAAGGUUGCAAUUACUUUUACCUCUGAGAGUAGCAAGGGAAUUACAGAGAAAUUAGUAAAUAAGAUCAAAGGAUUUGAUACUUCAGCAGAUGCCAUCAGUAUUCAAGCCGACUUAAGCGACGUCGCAAGUGCUGAACACAUUGUUGAUACCACAGUCAAAGCUUUUGGUCCCACCAUCCAUAUUCUCGUUAAUAAUGCUGGAUUUCUUGAAAUAAAAACACUAGGAAUGAUUACCAAGCAAGACUAUCAUCGGAUUUUUGAUGUAAACGUUAGAGCCGUCCUGUUUAUGGCAGACGCCGUAGUUGCUCAUCUUCCCAAGAAAGAAGACAGUAAUGGGGGCAGAAUUAUAAAUAUUGGAAGUAUUAUAGGAAGAGAGGGUUGCGUUGGACAAUCUAUUUAUGCUGCAAGCAAAGCAGCAAUUGAAGGGUUUACGAGGUGCUGGGCUGCUGAAUUAGGCCCGCAAGGUCACACAGUCAAUCAAGUCAAUCCAGGAGCGGUGGAUACGGAUAUGAUAAGAAAGUCUAAUUUUGAUGAAGAAAUAGUAAGAAAAAUAACUCCUUUUGAAAACCGCUUUGCACAGCCUCAAGACAUUGCCGAUAUCGUUGCUUUCCUUGCCGAAGAAAACAGUAGAUGGGUUACUGGGCAAACGAUAUCGGCCUCUGGUGGAUUGCGAAUGUAUUGA